AUGCCGAGUAUCUUUGGACUCAAACGGCAACCUGAAGGCACAUUGAGACGGUUACAUCACCGUCACUCGCCGUCAACCAGUGCAAAUCUUCCGCCUUCAGCUUACGAUGAAGAACGCAAGCAGAAAGCUGAAAGCCAACGCCAAAUGAUGGAGUUUUUUGAUCCGAAAGAAUCCAAGGUUAAGUUCAAAAACGAAACCUUGAAUCAGAUCCUUGCGGUGUGGAUUCUCGCUGGGGCGUUGCCUUGGAGCCGUAUCGAGGAUUACCACCUCCGCCUGGCGUUCCGAUAUAUCAGAAGCAACAUCAAAAUCUUUGGACGAACUUGGGUGGCCAGAGAGGCAGCCGGGAUGUAUACGUCAUUGCAAGAUACCGUAUUGAAAGAGAUCUUGAUAUCUUGCACCGUUAAAGGAGGUCUAGCCAAACUCGGACAAACUUCCCCAUCACGAACCCAGCUGCGUGAGUCAACCCUUGGAGCCUUUCCAAUCACUGGCAAGUUGCCCGUCAUUGCCGAAGAAGACAAAGACGAAGGCGAAGAGCAACCCAAAGUCAUCAAUAUCGAUACUGACGAAUCUGAUCACGACCUUGAAGUUACACCUGAUGAAGAAGAUGAGUACGAGACUGACCAUGAUUCACAACAUGAGGUCAUACUCUCGGCUCCAGAGUAUGAUGAAGAUGUCAAGGAUAAUCACGAUGCGGAGGACCCUCUUGAAUCAGCAGCUGCACCUGAGCCUUCAGGUGCUGAGUGUUUCAAGAACACCACUUCCAAACAGCACACAAACAAGCUCAACGUUUUGAUCAGUAAGAGUGGCUCAAUCAGCGGCUUGGAGGCGACAUUUCGCGAGGAAGGCAAAGGCUCUCAAUCUCAAACUGUUGCCUUUGAUUCCGGGCUACAACGCCACAUGAUGGAACGCGGAAUUUGA